UUGCAAGAGAGAGCUUCAUGGAGCGGGAGCCGACAAAGACACGGAGGGAAAACGAAGAUACGACUCCUAGUCCCACCAGAGUACUACAACGACCCGAGUACGAGGAUCUUCUCUGAACCCAAAUCGGUUGGCACUAGUAAUCAAAGAAGAGAGCGAAGCGAAACCGGGCAUUGAAUCGAUAUGGCUCUUUGGAUGGAGAAGGGGUCGCAGCCCCAGACCGAGAGCGAGAUCGCCGACCUCGACGCCAUUGCCGCUCUGAAAGAAUCCGCCGCUCUCGAGCUGAAGGAGAAAGGUAAUGAGUAUGUUAAGUUGGGCAAAAAACACUAUUCGAAUGCUAUUGAUUGUUACACAAGGGCCAUUAAUCAGAAAGCUCUAAGCGACUCUGAGAAUUCAGUUCUUUUCGCAAAUAGAGCACAUGUCAAUCUGCUUCUGGGAAAUUAUAGGCGUGCUCUAACAGAUGCUGAAGAAGCAAUUAAUCUGUGCCCAACAAAUGUUAAGGCUUUUUAUCGAGCUGCCAAAGCAUCUUUGUUGCUGAAUCUGUUGAACGAGGCCAAAUUGUACUGUGAAAACGGACUCGAGAAGGAUCCAAGUAAUGAAGAACUUAAAAAACUUGCAAAGAAAGUUGAGUCCAACAUAAUGGAGCACCAAAGCCAUGACGCCGAAGUUUCCAAUGCGGUGACAGUAGCUAAGGGCCUUGUUUCUGCAAUUGAGGCACGCAAAUUGAAGAUGGGGAAGGCGAUGUAUCGAGAGCUUACUGGCCUGAAAAAGCCUGUACUAGAUAAAGAUAACAUACUUCACUGGCCAGUUCUCCUUUUGUAUGCAGAGGUCAUGUCCAGUGACUUCAUCGAGGACUUCUGCGAGACUGACAUGUUCUCAGUUCAUCUUGACUUAAUCUUCUCAGUGGAUUCUCCUCCGUUACCAUGGGAUACAGAAAAUAAGUACACCCGUGAUGCUAUUGAGUUGUAUUAUGAGGCUAGUUCUGGAACUUGUCUGUCAGCUGCAAAACUCCUCCGGUAUUUUUUAGAAGGUACUGCAGGUGCUAAUGUGGAACUUCCUUAUGAAGAUGAAAACGCUACGGGCAGUUCUUCUAGUGCCACUAUCUCUGCUGGUGACGACUCUGCCAAUAAGUGGAUCAGAGUUAAUGAGAAGAGAACUCUCCAUGAUGUUUUGAGAGAGUCUAGAUUCAUUAUUCCGGGAAUUCCAGUGUUCUUCGUCGUUUCCAGAAGGUCCAGCUUCUAUCAAGUGUUCAAAUCUGGAAAGUGGACUCCACAUUGAUGUUAGGUUACCAUGUUUGUUGUAUCUUUGGUGUAACUGUUUUGCUUUUCUUUUUUUCAACCAAAACGAGUGUGAGCGCAUCAAUUUCUUAUUAAAUUUACUCUUGGAGUAGAGGAACACAUUCAAUAUACUAGCAGGAGCAACAUAGAUCA